GUUGACUGCUUUUGUAGUAAAGUCUUUCAGUAAGGCCCGUCCCUACAUCUUCAUUGAUGAAAGUCAGCUAACUCAUUCUAAAACUUGGUUGAGAAACCACCGCAAAGACAGUGGCUGUUUCCGUAAUGUGGGAAAACUCUUCCAUACCGCAAUGAAGGUAACAAAGGCUUCUUUAAGAUUGAAAAUAUGCUGAAAUUAAAGAAAACAAUAAGAAAUGUAUUAAAUACUAUCAGAGUAUAAUUUUUGAGAAAAUAAUAGGAAUACUUUUUAGAGAUAGAUAGUGAAAUGAAAAUAUCAUGUUAAACAAAUGCAAAAAAAGAAAAGAUAGCAUACAUUAGCUCAAUAAUCACAUGUAGACAACUAACUCAAAAUUAACUGCAAAGUAAAAUAAGUAACACAUUCCCCAGAUAGAUGGCCAUAGUCAGAGGAAUGAAACCAAGUUCAUAUGCUUAUAUAAAUAAGAGGUCCUUGUAAUGUUUUCAUAAAGGGCUGGAGUCUAGGGAGAAUGUCUCAUGGGAUGAAUUACAUUAAUACUGGAUGGCUAUAGAGAAGUGUUGGCAGGAGUUGGAGGUGCAGGCAUUAAUACAGGAAAGGCAAUGGGGUCAAUGGAAGAGCAGAGAAAAUGAGAAGAAUAUAUAUAUAAAUCCUCAGAAACAGAGAAAUCCAAUGCUUACGGAGUGAAAAUAGCAGUAAAAGGCAAAAAGUAAUAUAAUAUGAAGAAAAAAGACAGCGUAAGAACGGAAUAUCUGAUUUAUAUCAGUAGAUGGUAGAUAAUGCAAUUUAAAAUAAGAUUAUGAUAUUACCAAGAAAAUUUAGACUAUACAAUAAGUUGCGAGUAAACCGAAUGUCACAAAAGUUAACAACUAUGUCAACGUAGCUAUAAUAAUCCUGAGCAUAGACAUCUGCAAGUUAAAGUGCCAAGCUUAAUAUUAAAUAAAACAGAAUAACACAAGGCACUCACGAUUUAAGCCAAUAUGUUGCAAAUUCCAUGCAGGAGGCACAGGCACAAAAAAGGAAAAAAGGAUCACAAAGUAGAAAUAAUAAAACACAUAACAUAUAGGAUGGCCUACUGCUACAGCAGCAUAAGAAAUACACUGGAAUAGUGGCUAAAAUAUAUACUAUAAUUGGGGGUUUUAUAUUUAAUGUAAUCAUAAAUAUUACAAUUUAACCCCUUAAGGACCAAACUUCUGGAAUAAAAGGGAAUCAUGACAUGUCACAUAUGUCAUGUGACCUUAAGGGGUUAAAGACAUAACGUUUACUUUCCUUAUUAAUGGAAAGGAACAUUUUCCAUUGCCAGGUACAUGACUAAGUAACAAACUAAGUAAAAAAAGAAAACUGAAAUAAAUAAAUGUAAAUAAAUCUUACUAUAACUUAUUUUCAAUGGUGUAUAGUAACCUUCCAAAAUGAAUAUCCCCUUUAUUGGUUGUUGUGAUUGCCACCUUUUGGAUUUAUUCAUUCCCAAAAGGGAUUAAAUGGUGGUGUAAAUUCAUUAAACUAAUAAAAGCGUUUACGAUUUUUUGGAUUAAAUCAAAUCGAUAUUGAAACUAAUUUUGUAAUUCUGGCUAAACCAAAACUUAUUGACUGAACCCAGACAAACCAAAAUGAAAAUUCUUUCAAUUAACAUCUCUAAUAGAUACCUUUACUAGAGCAUGUAGUUUCAUUUUUAUGAUGACGAUUUUGUUACAGGGUGGAGUGGAUGAUGAAAUUUCUCUUACGGCUUAUGUAACAAUGGCUUUAUUGGAGUCAGAUGUACCACCAGAGGUAAGUUAUUCUUGAGAUACUUAGGUGUCUCAAAAAUGUAUGCUCUGCUUAUUGGCUAUUUUUAUAUAAAAAAAUGAAGGGUCAAUUUACGAUGGCCCAACUCUGUUGUUGGUUUGUUUGUUUGUUUUUUUACUUGUGGUGAAACAAAUUUAUUCCAAAUUGAUACUUGAUCACAUUUGUCUGCUAAUACAAAAGAAUAAAGACUGCAAAACUGCUCCAUGGUAGACAAAAGAAGCACAACCCCAUUCCCUAUUUGUUAGAUGGGAUUGCUUUUUUUCUGUUCAAGAGAGAUGAUUUUAUGUGGGGGCGGCAGGGGGGAUGUAAAUCCUUUGCCUUCUGGGACAUAUUAUCAAGGUCAGACUAUCUAGUGUAUGUCAUUGUAAAAAAACAAAACUUCUAUUACCCUAGCAGACUUAUGUGAUGAUGAAUGGGAAAAGAAAUAACACAUACAUUACAGGCACCUGAUCCUAAUAAAUAUAAGGACAGAGAAAGUUGAACCAUUCUGCCACUCAAAGUGUACUGCUUAUCCCCCUAAAUAGUAGUGUGUAUGCCCAUUCCCUUUCUCUGAAGGAAUAACCCUCCCUCCCUCACCCACUAGCUACAUAUUCUCAAGCCAGUUACAACCAAUGCAUCUAAACAUCCACCACAAAUCCAAAAUGACAAUAAUAUCACUUUAACUCUUUUACAUUUUUGAGGAGGAGGAAUACAACACAAUGACCUAACAAAAUCUUGUUUGAAGAUCUUUUUUUUUUUUAAAUUAAGUUGUAAAAACAUGACAAAAAGUCACAAAAAAAUGUUAAAAAACAACUCCCAAUAACAAACUUCCACUAAAAAAACAAAAAAACUAACAGAAUUAUAUUUUAUAUAAUUGCAUUUCUUUACUUUCUCUCUUUCAGCAUGUGUGCCAUUUUGUGUGUUUUAAUUUAGUCUGAAACUCCGUGGAGAGUGUUUGGAGUGCCUGCCAGCAUUGUACUGGAAAUAUUAUCAUAUAAUUUUCUUUUUCCUACUGUUUGCUCCACAUAUUAUUUCAAUGCAAUUCUUGGUAAUCCUAGAACCCUGUUGUGGCAGAUGCUUUAGCUUGUCUGAGGAAGGCCGCUGUGGAUGUAAAUAACGUAUACACACAGGCUCUCCUGGCUUAUACUUUCACUUUGGCUGGAGACACAGAUCUCAGACGACAACUGGUGGAGAAACUGGAUAAACAAGCUGUGAGGAAAGGUGAGAGAUGA